AUGGUGGACUCUCCAAAGCCAGGCAAACUUUCGAAAUUGGGCAAGUUGUUUGGCAAAUCGCUGACAAACUUGUCUUCCACACUGCAGCAAUCAGUUGCUACUAAGCCCAAACUAUCUUCACCUACAAAAAAUGCUCAACCCAAGGAAGCUUCAGAAACCGUGCUGGCCACAAAUUCCCCAAAAUUAAAGGAGCCAGUUUAUACCAAUACAUCAUCCAUAUUAUCACCUGCGUCUUCUGAUUUUGCAUCUCCACAACCUACUUCAAAUGAUGAGGAUUUUAUACUAUCGCAAGUGGAAAAUGACGAGGUUUCACCAUUGCGACAGAUUAAACAGCCACAACCACAACAACCACACAAAUCGUCACCUUUGGCCCAACAUUCUCAACCAUCGCCACUGCUCAAUCAAUCACCAUCAAGCAAUGCAUCCCCAAAGUUGGCAAAAACUAGAUCCCAGUCUCCCGUGAAUGGAUCAGUAUCGACAACAACAUCCCCCAUGCUGGUAGCAUCCUUGGACAAUAAGCUAAAGAAGCACACUAUUGCGUCUGUUCCUCCGCCAGCUUCAAGUGCACAAUCCGGCGAGAGACAUCCAUCCCUGUCGUCCAUUCCUUCUAGCAGGCCAUCACCAAAUGUGUCACGUUCAUCGUCGAGAAAGAUUGCUCUGCUGAUCAAACAAGCAGCGUCGUCAUCCAAUGCACAGCUUACAAAGAACAAGAACGAUUCGACAACUUCGUUAAAUUCGUUAGCACACCAGCCACAGCAACCACCACAAUUGCCAAGGUUUGUUAUGCUAGAAAAUGGUAACCACGAGCAUCACUUACGAUCGGCCAAACGUCAUGAAAAGUUGUCAAAUAUGUUGAAGGAUUUAUUGGGAGCCAAGAAGUUGCGAGAUGGAGCCAAGAGUGCUGUGCCCGAUGUGGUGGGAGCCAUGCAAUCAUCAACAUCGCAAUUGCAGCAACAGCAAUCUGGCUCAACCGCGGCACCUCAAGGUAAACCACCUACUUUGUUUGCUGGAUUAGUUACUCAAGUUAAGAACCAUACAAGUCCUUACCAUCAACCUGGUACUGCUGAGGUCAACAAUAGUGAAAAAGGGCCAAAUGUUGAUACUGGUCCUGAUUGUCGAUCGUUUGUGGAGAAAUAUGGAAGGUGUCAAGAGGUUAUUGGACGUGGUUCGUUUGGUGUUGUGCGUAUUUCUCAUAAAAAGCUUGAUGCGGCAACCAACGCUACUGCGGGACAGGAGAAGCUCUAUGCUGUUAAGGAGUUCAAAAAGAAGCCUAAUGAAAAUGAAAAGAAGUACAAUAGGCGAUUAACGUCCGAAUUUUGCAUUUCCUCAUCGUUGAAACAUUUGAAUAUUAUAGACACUUUGGAUCUACUCAAAGACGCCAAGGGUGACUACUGUGAAGUGAUGGAAUUCUGCUCUGGUGGUGAUUUAUACACUUUGAUUAUUGCCCUGGGUAAACUAGAGUAUGCUGAAGCAGAUUGUUUUUUCAAGCAGUUGAUCAGAGGGGUUAAUUAUAUGCAUGACAUGGGUGUUGCUCAUCGUGAUUUAAAGCCAGAGAAUCUACUAUUGACUCAAAACGGUGUUUUAAAAAUCACUGAUUUUGGAAACUCAGAGUGUUUUAAAAUGGCAUGGGAGAAAGAAGUACAGUUUUCUGAAGGCAUAUGUGGGUCGUCUCCAUACAUUGCUCCUGAAGAGUUUACCCAAGAACUGUUUGAUCCUCGGUGUGUGGACAUUUGGUCAUGUGGUGUCAUUUACAUGGCUAUGCGAACAGGUCGUCAAUUGUGGAAAUUGGCUGAUCCUGCAAAGGAUGAAUUUUUUGAAGAAUACCUUACCAAGAGGAAAGAAGCAAGUGGCUAUGAACCGAUUGAGAGUUUGAAACGUGCCCGUUGUAGGAAUGUCAUUUAUUCAAUCUUGGACCCCAAGCCGGAGAGACGAAUAACGGGUAAACAGAUUUUGAAUAGUGAGUGGGGUAGAGAGAUUAAAGUUUGUGAUGCUGGAGAAGGUACCACCCAUGAGGUCUGA